CAUCGAGCCUAAACUGAUUUAUUUCUAAUUUCUUCAAGAAUCUUGACUAUCUCUACAGAUUGAUCUACUGGAUAAAGUUCCGUCUCUAAAUCACCACGUUUAAUGGCUCUAGCAACUUCGUUAGCUUCGUAAAAGUAUCCCAACCCUUCAAAGUUUAAAUCAAGCUCCCGUUCGGACUCGCCAUGGACAUGAACUAUGGCCUUAGAAGGCCGCGAUGCUCUGUCUACAUAGAUAGUUCCUUUGCUACCUUGAAUUGUCACAGCAUAUGGAGGAGAUUCUCCGUAAAAGCUUCCAGUAGCAAUACCAAAUGCUCCCAAAUCUGGGAAUGCCAAAACAACAGUAGCCCCUCCAUCUACCCCCGAUUUCAGAGCAACAGUAAGCCCAGUGGUGGUAUAAUUACUGGACUUGGAACGUAAUAACCCAAAUGUCCAAGUAAUAGAAUAAAUGAUACUAUCGAAAAGCACUCCACCACCUAAGUCAGGGUUGAAGAGCCUUUGUUGUGGCUCAUAGGGCACCAAAUGUGAGAGAUCAGCUGAGACUUGAAUUAUAUCUCCAAUGGUUUUUUGGUCCACUAAGUCCCAGAUCUUUUUGGUUGAAGGAAGGAAUCGAGUCCAAACCGCUUCAAGAAGGAACACAUUGUUCUUCCUUGCACUUUUUUGCAAGAUCACUGCUUCUUCAUGGCUGGUGGUGAAAGUUUUCUCUAACAAUACGUGUUUUCCAGCAUCAAUAGCAGAUUUAGCAAGGGAAAAAUGAGCUGAAUUUGGGGCGGCCACAUAAACCACAUCAAUGUCAGCUUCUAAGAAUUGAUUAUAAUCAUCAAAAGUAGAAACUGAGGUGUCUUGAUUCAACUUUAAGUCCCGGACAAAUUGAUCAGCUUUAGCUAAGCUACUGGUGGAGACCACCGCCACCAAUACUUGUUCAGGGGCAUUUUGUUCAAGUUUAUAGUUUUCAAACACAUCUUUAGCCCAUUUUUGAGCGAAUUCUCCUAAACCAACAAUCCCCCAACGUGCCAUUUUGUUUCAAGUUUAUUCCGUAAUGUUUUGCGAUAGUUUAUCACGAAGUUCAAUCUAAGAAUCGCAAACUGUGGCACAUUUACGCAAAUUGCAAGAUAAAAGACGAUUAAUUCCCAUUCCGUCAUUCAUACAACCUUUCCAUUCGGUGAUGACAGUUGAAAGAAUUAAUGGUGUUUUCAAUAACCAAAAGGUGGAGUUGGUACCCAUCGACCUUCCUGGAGCCAGAACAGUGAGAGGCAAGACUUAUCCCAUUGGGUUCAAUAUCAAAGCAGAAGGUGACGAUUUUAGUUCGGUGGUGGAAUUUUUCCGGAAUUUGGGUACAUCGGGUACUAUAUCUAAGCUUUUAAAUGAUCAUGGUUUAGUGAUUUUACAAGGGUUAGGAUUUACCAGUCCAAAAAAAUAUUCGCAGAUCGUGGAAGCAAUUUUUCUGACUGACUACGAGCUCUUUGAUCAAGUGGGUCUUCUCGCCACUAGGGAGGAAGUAGAAGACGGUGUUUCCACCGUUGGUGCUCAGGAAGAUGCUAAGAAACAUCUUGGUAAGCUUAAUGCCCACCAGGAAUUCUCACGGUACCUCCAUUAUCCUGCAGUACUUACGUUCUUCAGCAAGCGAGCCCCUACUCUCGGUGGAGGUGAAUCCACCACUACUCACGCUACAGAAUUACUCGAUAAAGUAUACGAACAAUUCCCUGAGGUGGUACAAACACUAUUUGAAAAGGGAGCUACGUUGCUGCAGACUUGGGGUCUCGAAUCUCCUAAAAUUUCAUGGACUCACCCAUUAGCAUUUGGUCGGUACUUGGAAACAGGUGAUAGUUUAGAAGUCCAAAAACAAAAGGCAAUAAAGCUUGCUAAUGAACGAGUGAGUAAUGAUGUAGAGUUUGUGGAUGAUAACCUUGUUGUUCAUCAAAACAAUAAGGUUGUACUUCAGCAUCCGUUCAACCAUAAUCCCAUUAUUUUUAGUAGUCUUCCUACUUAUUAUGCUGGAUAUUAUAAUGCGAAAAAGCUGAAUUUGCAGCCAAAUGGUCCUGGAGUUGUUUUCGGAGAUGGAACUCCAAUUCCGGAGGAUUUCUUGGACUAUUUGUUCGAGCAAUCUAUAGAACUCGAGUACACUCAUAAAUUUGUGGAUGGAGACCUAAUACUUUUGGACAAUUAUUCGGUGUAUCAUGGCAGAAAUCCGUAUGUCGCAGGAGAUCGGGAAAUUCUUGCCAGUUUUUGGGACAAGAAGGAUAUUGUUCAUCCUGGUGUUCCUGAAAGCUUACCGGAGUUGUUUUCUGAGCAUAUUUGACUUCAAAUAUCAGGGAUGAUAAAUGACUGGUUAUAUAUAUAGAAGCUCUACUAGGUUUAGUCUACUUUUUCCAAAAAUAACUAAUUCGUUAACUUGGGUACAAUUGUAUAGUCAAAAGACGAUUUUUUCAUACCAA